CCAUCUGUCUCUGCAAACAUGAGACUCAGACUCAGAUCAUUCGAAUCUAAAGAAACCCUAAAAAUCGAAAUCCCUAAUUCCUCCACUCUCCCCCAACUCCGGCAAAUUCUCUCCCAAACCCUCCCCAAUUCACCAUCGCCUGCUUCAAUCCGCCUCUCUCUUAAUCGGAAUGACGACAUCCAAUCCGACGGCGCAGACACCCUCCUAUCUCUCGGAAUCGCCUCCAGCGACCUUAUAUAUUUCUCCGUUGAAGACCCGGCGCCGGCCACCGCUUCCGUUUCCCCAAUUACCCUACCGCAGGUGACCGACUCUACCCCUACGCCUCGCUCUAAUCAUGCCGAAUGUUCGAAUCCCCAAAUUACGCUCCCCGAAGCGGAUGAUUCCGAUUCCGUUAUGCUUGAUUCUGAUAAACGGGAAACCCUAGGUACGGAUGCGAGUAACAUGGAAGUCGAUGACGACGGUAUUGAAAUUGAUGGUAUGGGUCAUGAAUUGGAUGAUGUUGUAGAUAGGUCGUUUUCCGUGCCUGGAUUUCUUAGGAAGGUGUUCGCGGCGGAGUUGGGCGACGAUGCGGGGCGCGAUCACAAGCUGAUUGUGAUCGCGGUCCAUGCGGUUAUGCUGGAGUCUGGAUUUGUAGGUUUUGAUGAGAGGGUAAAUGCAGUGGUUGAUGGUUUUCAAUUGCGCAACGAGUGGCCGUCGGGUCUGUUUAGGGUUUCCUUGUCCUACACUCUGCGUGAGAGUAUUGUUGGUUCCGAUGAAGCUAUUAAGCGUGUGGUUUUGAAAUUUCAGAAUUUGGGGAAUUACUUGAAUGUUUAUGGUACAUUAGACAAUGGAUCAUCAGCCAAGGGAGGCCGGCAUUUUGGGGUUCGAUUGAACGAGGAUGAAUUGGUUCCUUUUCUGAACGUUGUGUGGGCGAAUUGUGGCGCGAUGGAGAAUGUAGGUGGAGAAAAUGGAGAAUCUUCAGGCAUAUCUCCGGAGAAGGAGGUGUUUAGGUUUUGGAGGACUGUGAAGGAUAAUCUGGCGCUGCCAUUGUUGAUUGAUUUAUGCGAGGAGACCGGUUUGGAGCUUCCUCCCUGCUUCGUGCGGCUGCCAAGUGAGCUCAAGUUGAAAAUCUUGGAAUCCUUGCCUGGUGUUGAUGUAGCAAGAGCGAGCUGUGUGUGCUCGGAGCUGAGGUAUAUGGGGUCGAGUGAUGACUUGUGGAAGACCAAGUUUUGUGAGGAGUUCGUCAUUGAGAUGAAAGAAGCCAACGUGAGUUGGAAGAAGGCAUUUGCGACGGCUUGGAGCAGGCGGGAAGGCUGCAGGCGCCUUGCGAACAGAGUUAGAGCUUCACCCUAUUGGCCGGUGCCGAACUGGCCUCAGCCUAGGAGGAGAAGGUAUCCCAAUCCACUCAUGUUUCAAAGGGUAGCGCGGUUUCUAGGGGACAAGCCGCCACAUGGUGAUGACCCACUGAUCAGGCGGCAUAUUCCUGUGAACCCUCAUCCUAUGAGGAGCUUUUCACCACAGUGUAAUCUAGGCAAUCGUGGUGGUAGGUUUCUUGAUUGAGUAUAUGCAUACAUGUUUAUAGGAAGUUCUAUGUUAUUUCUAUUGAUCUUUGCGUUGUUGGUACUUGGUAGUAUGUUCAAUUAUAGUAUAAAAUAGUUUGGUAUUGACAUUUUAUUCCAGCACUGCUGUUGCUGUACAUGUUAACCUAUUGGUAAUUUUGAUAAAGGCUGAUCCUUUAUUUUCUCCA